AUUAAACAAAAAAAGAAUAUUAAAAGAAGGAAUAUAUAUAUUAAAAAUACGAAGUAGGACGGUUGUACCCUUUGUGGUUGGGCUCUAAGAAGAGGGGACACGAGAUAAUCUAAGAAAGAGCGAUGGGGGACGAGAAGGUGAAGGCAGAGGCUUUAGAGUUACUGGGAAUGUUCCAAGCGCUUCCCAGAUUGGUUGUCUUUGAUCUUGAUUACACUCUUUGGCCUUUCUAUUGGUAUUUCUCCUCCUUUUUUCGUCUUGUUUCAUUCAUUUGACCCACAUAUGAUUGAAUUGAAUGAUUCUCUGGGUUGCAACAAUGAUUUAGGAUUGUUUACUGAACCAUAAUUGUCGACUGAAUCCAACACAAUUACUGGGUUGACAUGGGUUCCUUAGUUCGAUGUCUUAUGACAGUCAUACUACAUUAGAUCCAUUUGGCGAAACUUAUAGCGAACACCAACAAAUUCUUUGAUUUGGGAUACAUGUUUAACAUGAGUGCAUUUUAUUAUUAUUAUUAUUAUUCUUUUGGUUGGAACUGAACAUUUAAUUAGCAGAGGUCAACCAUUGGAAGAAAUUGACAACACAUGUAAGUGUGGUAGAUGGACCAUUGUAGUUCAUCUAUAUAAACAUGAGGUUUGGGAAUUCCUACCAAUAUAGAGCAGUAAAGUGCUAUGUUAGCGAUCUUUUAGUUUUAUAUUUUUGGCUGAGACUAAAUUUAAUCUCUUUAUUUCAAAAAGAAAAAUUAAUCUCUGUUUUUUUUUUUUUCAGCGAAUGUCGCUCCAAACGUGAAAUGCCGUCAUUGUAUCCCCAUGCUAGAGGCAUAUUGUACGCAUUGAAGGAAAAGGGGAUCGAUCUUGCCAUCGCUUCUAGGUCACCAACUGCAGAUAUAGCGAAGACAUUUCUUGACAAAUUAAGUAUCAAGUCAAUGUUUGUAGCUCAGGAGAUCUUUUCAAGUUGGACACACAAGACCGAUCAUUUCCAGAAAAUUCACUCGAGGACUGGUGUACCCUUUAAUUCAAUGCUUUUCUUUGAUGAUGAGAACAGGAACAUUCAAGCGGUUUCAAAGAUGGGUGUAACGAGCAUGUUGGUAAACAAAGGAGUAACUGUUGGAGCAUUGAGGCAAGGUCUUACAAAAUACUCUGAAAAUGUGAACAUAUUGGAAAGGAACAAGCAGAAAUGGCGCACAAAGUUCUCCCAGAAUUCAAAUGUAUCAGAGAAAAGUUCAAAUUCAUCAGAGAAGAAUGAGAGUGAAGAUAAUUGAGUCCCCGCGUUAGAUGUGGAUUAUAUACCAACUACUUGAAACUUAUGAAAUGGUUCCCUGUAUUGUUAAGGGACAUUCUGUACAACUGCUUCUUUGAUAUGGCUACUGAUUUGUUGUAUCAAAAAAUACCAACAAUUUUCUUAGACAUGUAGUGGAAUGGGUUUUUCUUUUUUUCCCUUUUUUUUACGGAAAAGGUUGUGUAAUAAACCAGACACUAUAUUUUCAACCAGGUAGAAAUUUGAUGGCAUCCUAGAGCAGUAUGUCAGCCCUUUAGGGAUUUGUUUGGUGAACAAUACAUAAAAGCGUUUUUCAUGUGAUAAACAAGUCCAGGUUGUAAG